AUGAGCCCUCACUCAACCUCUGCGCCGCUCUACAAUGGGCCUCCCCUGGACGACCACAAUCGUACGUCCCUCGAAUGGAAACCACUGUUUAUCAGCCAGGCUGAUGGCCAUGAAUUUACUCAGUUCUAUAUGAACAAGGCUUAUGUGCCUUCUGAUCUUGAGCGGUUUAUUUUGAGCAUUCUCGACGACGACGUUCAAGUCGACAAGUUGAAGCACCCUGAGUUGUACCAUGUUGAUCCCGACCUGUCUGAGGAUGGCCUUGCAGCGCGGCACAAGGUUAUCGCUGACCACGUCCAAUCAGUGAAGAGCGCGACGUUGAAGUCCGAGACGGCAAAGUCUCUCUCUAGACUGCGCGCACUGGCGCUGACGUUCCUUAACUCCUCCAUGGUGGACUCCCUGCGGAACGAUCCUGCGGUACUUAAUGCACAGUCGCAGAAGGUCAAGUAUCACGACGGCGACUGCUUGGACACCUUACUGGCCGACGUUAAGUCCAUCGCCAGCCAGUACCGCACUGCCAUGAUCCCAUCCUCGUUGGAGAUCACUGCGGCGGAGCCUCCGGACAACCAUGCUCUGUCGCGGCUAUCGACGCCGCCAUCAAGGAUGCCCUGGCAACGCGUCACCUGCGUUCGCUUGCUCUUGGUGAGCAUGGGACAGCUGACUCCGCUCCCACCCGAUCGCAUCUGA